AAUCCCUUGUCAGGCACGCCCCCCUCACGCGCCGCGCGGACUCGCCCGUCAGCGAAACCGCGUUUCAUCCCGCCCACACCCAAAAACCGCCGUUAAAAAGCCAGCUCUGCUCACGACAUACACCACCAGCGGCGCCAGCCCAAGUACCGGUCCUGAAACCCUAGAAAUGCAGAUUCCACCCUCCCUCUCUACUCAGAAACCAGCAAUUCCAAAUUUCCCCCUCCUCUCUCGAGAAUUUCCUAAAAAGCCAUGGUGAAGAAAAGGUUACCACCAUCAUCAUCGUCAUCUGCCCUUCGCCCUCAUCUAUGGCUGGGAUCGAAGAUCAUCGUCUCCUUCGUAAUCUUUCUCUGCAUCUUCGCCCUCCUCAGACUCCACUCCCAAUCCAAGCACCUGUCUUUGGCAUCAGCUAGGGCUGCCUCCGUCCGCAGGCCGUCCGAUCCUUUCGUCGGCCUGCCGAAGAUCGCUUUCCUCUUCCUCGCUCGCAGCAACCUCCCCCUCGAUUUCCUCUGGCAGAGAUUCUUCCAGAAUGCGUAUGAGGGGAGCUUCUCCAUUUACAUCCAUUCGAAGCCAGGGAUUGUGUUUGACGAGUCGACAACCCGUUGCACAUUCUUUCAAGGGCGACAGCUUAGCAAGAGCGUUCAGGUGGCUUGGGGAGAAUCGAGUAUGAUUAAAGCUGAGAAGUUGUUGCUUGAAGAAGCUCUCCAGGAUCCGGCAAACCAGCGUUUUGUUCUUAUCUCAGAUAGCUGUGUUCCCCUGCACAAUUUUAGCUACAUAUACAAUUAUGUGAUGUCUUCUUCAAAAAGUUUUGUGGACAGCUUUCUUGAUGAAAAGGAAGGCCGUUACAAUCCAAAGAUGUCACCUACUAUACCAAAGGACAGAUGGAGGAAAGGAUCACAGUGGAUCACACUGGUUAGAAAACAUGCAGAGGUCAUUGUGGAUGAUGAUCUUAUAUUUCCAGUUUUCAAUCAACAUUGCAAGCGGCGGCCAGCCUUAGACCUUGAUGGAAAGAUGAAUCCUCGAAAGGUCAUUCAGAAGGAGCACAACUGUAUCCCAGAUGAACACUAUGUGCAGACAUUACUUGCUAUGAGUGAGCUUGAAGAAGAAGUCGAACGAAGAACAUUGACCUACACUUUGUGGAAUGAGUCUGUGAACGAAAUGGAAAGACAAGGUUGGCAUCCUAUCACAUUCAAAUAUACCGAUGCGGACCCAGAACACAUACAAGAAAUAAAGGGUAUCAACCAUGUGUACUACGAGACUGAGUUUCGAACAGAAUGGUGCAAGAGCAAUGCAACUUAUGUGCCUUGCUUCCUGUUUGCAAGGAAGUUCUCACGAGGUGCUGCAAUGAGGCUUUUGAGCGAGGGAGUGGUUGGUCCCUUCAAUCCUGCUGCACUGUUAAGCUAGAUGAAAUCUAUUGCUUCUACAUGACUGUCCAUGUCAGGUUGUGCCCAGUUUGUGGCCCAGUUCUUAGGUAAAGAUUAAAUACGAAGAGGAACACAACAAUCCAAAAUGGCCUCAUGGUUUCAGAGAUGAUCAGCGUUUUAAAGAGCUGUGCAAGCUGGGGCUAAAGGCACCAACCAGAUGAAGGUUGAAACUGUCAAGUUGUUAAAAGCAAUGUAACCUCAGAGGUUGAACUGAUUAUAGGGAAUUUUAUUUUUUUUUUUCCAGAUAAGGGGGGAGGUUGUGUAGGUAGUGACUUCCGCAGUACUGAAUUUUGUAGGGCAGGGUGGUGUAGGAAAAGGUAAUAUAGCACACAACAUGCAAAAGAGACAAAUUCCAUUUUGGUGUCGUACUUGGGAAAAUGGGGGAAACUCCCUCAAAUAUAAACAAAGGGAUUAAAGAAAGUAGUUUUAAGAAAUAAUAGGUAAUGUUUUUAUUA